GUUUACACCAAGUAUGAUGAUGUUUGGACGAGAGAUGCAAUUACCUAUUGAUCUAGCAUUAGGACAACCUUAAAACAUAGAAAGAAUGUCUGAAACUGAAUAUGCAUCUCUGCUUACGGAUAAACUAAAUUAAGUACUUUAGGUUGCGCGAAAACAUAUUUCAUUGGCAAGCGAUUCACAAAAACGUGUUUACGACCACAGAUUAAUGCAAACUGCAUUUGAUGUGGGUGAUUUAGUUUGGUUGUAUAACACCCAAGUUAAGACAGGUCUAAGUGUAAAGUUAUCAAGACGCUGGACGGGUCCUUUUACUGUUACUAAGAAACUUAAUGACGUGGUGUAUAGAAUACAAUUAAAUAAGCGCUCUAAACCAAAAGUUGUACAUCAUGACCGACUGAAACGUUAUGAAGGAACUGCUGAGUCUUGGCUGAAAACUAAUUAAUGUUCAAUGUAGAAGUAAAUAUAUAUAUAUAUAUGCACAUGAAUAAAUAAAUAAAUAAAUAAAUAAAUAAAUAAAUAAAUAAAUAAAUAAAUAAUUUAUAUUGAAUUUUUUUUCAGUGGCUCUGUGUAAUUUGUCAAAAUGUUGUCUUUGACAAGUACCAUGUGGCAAGCCGCCAUGUGAUGGAGAAGCACAGCCACUUCAUGUUCCAGUGCAAUAAAUGUAGAAAGGUUUUCACUCGGCGUUGUUACAACCAUAACAGCUGUAGAAAUUUACAGUCAAAAGAUUUUGACUUGAUGGCACCUGAUGGUUCCCGAGACAGGGCCGCUGAACUUUUGUUUGAAUGGAAAAAGAACAAGUUACCAAAUCUUGUCAAAAGUGUAGAGGUAGGGUACCUCAGAAAUAUAAGACUCCUAAAAGAGGAAUAUGGUCCAACCUCUGUGGGCUUAGACAGUCAAAGUGUAAAUACUGACAAGUCAGAAGAGUACGACGAUCUCUUUAACUUAGUUGAGAAGCCCAUUUCACCAAUUUCAAGCCCAGUUAGAAAGGUAGUUAUCAACAAACAGAAAGAUUUUGAAGAUAUAAGUGAUGACGAAUUAGAUUUUGAAGAUGAGGUGGAAGAGAAAGAUGGUUCAAAUAAUAAUAGAAAGGGUAAUACUGGUAUAUCAUUAUCAGAAAGUUCCUCUGAAUCUUCCUCAUCGUCGACAUCAUCGUCAAAUACACAUAGCAGUAUAAAAAUAAAGAAAAGAAAACGCACUUGGGACAAAUUUAAAGAAAAUAAAAACCUUUCUGACAGUGAUAGCGAUGAGUCAAUAAAAGUGCCAAAAAGAAAACAAAAACUAAGUGUUUCUAAAGAAGGAAAUAAAAUCAAUGAUGAGGACUUACAUUUGAAAGAGAAAAAUGAGUUUGUUAAAGAGUGUGAAAGAAAAAGACUGAACAAAGAUGACAGUAAACAAGAAAGAAUGGAAAAAUUGAAAACUGAAAUGAGAAACAUAGAUGAGGAAAUAGAGAAAAUGAAAGAGAAGAAUGAAAAAUUAGAGCAGAAACUUAAAGGAGAGAAGGUUAAUCAAAAUAGUUGUUCCUCGAAAAGUAAAUCAGCCAAUAAAGGUGAAAGAUAUGUGAAAACAAAUAAGAAGGAAGGAGAGGAUCACAGAAUAAAGGUAGAAAGUGUAAAUAAACAAACUGAUAAUAGACAGAGAAAAGUGAAUGAAAGAGAGGUGAAAGAAGAACUGUCUGAUAAAGAUAAAUGUUCUAAAAGCCAUGAAAAUAAUAUUAAGAAAAAGCAAGUGAAAACCAGCAUUGAAGAAAAACAAGUUGAAAAUAACAGUAGAGAUAAAAUGAAUGUUGUAAAGAGUGUCGGCAAUAACAAACAGAUAGUAGAGAGAAAAAUUGUUGAAGGAAGUAUCAAACAGAAGGAUGUAGUUAUAAGUGUUCCAGAGAGAAGAAGUGAAUCAGGACAGAAGAAACAAGUUGAAGAGCAAAAACGGAAAAGUGAUAUAUCAGUAAAGAAAGUUCUGUUAGAAGAAAGUAUAAAGAACCAAACUAAAAAGGAACAACCCGUUAACCAAAACCAUCUAACAACAAAGGUUGAAAUGGUACCAAAACCUAAAUCUGAAACAAAUAAGUUUGAGAAUAGCACGCCGCAAAGUGAAAUUAAGGUAGAAAAUGAGAUCAAUAAUGAACAAAAACCUGAAACUAAUACUGACUUAAAAAAGGAGAAUGAUUUAAGAUACUUUAAGGAUCGUUUUGUUGACAUCCCUCUUUUAGAAGAAGCGCAGAAAGAACGCAUUAUAUUAAAAAUUGGUGGCCAGAAAUUAAAAACAUCUAGGCUCACUUUAACAAAGUUUCCAGAAGGUUUGUUGGCACAAAUUGUCGGACCAAAAGGAAUGACUCCUAAAUAUGGAAACGUUUACUUCAUACACAGAGAUCCAUCACAUUUCAGGUUUUUUUUGAAUUUCUUGCGGAACGGAUGUGUAGAUUUAAGAACACUACCGCAUGAUCUGCUUUAUUUAUAUGAGCUGUAUUACGAAGCCAAUUUUUUACCAACUGCCAGCUUUGGAGACGGCAUUCAUUAG